GAGGGCCCAUGCGUGACAACUGUCACAAAGUCUCCGACGAAGAACGAGCUGGACAUAUCUGUUACCUAUAUCUAGAGUUUUUGUUUCCCUUUGACUUUAUGUUGACAUAAUCUAGUUUUUUUUUUCUUCUUUCCGAUUUAUCUUUUAAUUAUGCAUAGUCUUAGACGUCUGCGGAAUAUUAAUGCGAGAGUUUUCCAACUCCUUAAACAUGCUGCUAACUCCGCACCAUUUGGGAGUGAAAGCGGUUGUUUAUCCAGGAGCAAGCAAACCUUUCAAAUAUUCUGCUUAAACGCAGCAUCGCGCAGCCAGAGUCAGCAACACUUCUAUCAUCAAGCUGUCAAUGAUUUGGACCAAGUAGAAUUCAGGAACAAGUUGAUAUCUGGGAUGGAGGACCUUCUCUUCUACACCAUCACAGAGGGCAAAGAGAUGAUCCCUGUCCCUCAGUUCAUCUCGGCGUUGAGGAGCACAGGUUUGUUGACAUCUGAUCCCAGGCUGAGUGACUGUAUGCGUCAGCUGCGCCAGUCCAUACGGGAAUCUGCUGGGAAUGUCAUGAUGGACCAGAAACUCUUUAGGAAGUGUGUGGGAGCUAAUAUUCUGCUGCUGACUCAGGCGUUCAGAAGGAAGUUUAUCAUCCCAGACUUUGAGGAGUUUGCGUCCAACAUCGACCAGCUGUACUACAUUACCCAGAGGCAGGAGGGGGGAUACGUUGCAGAUUACAUUCCUCAACUGGCUAAAUUCAGUCCUGAUCUUUGGGGUGUGUCGCUAUGCACUGUGGAUGGACAGAGGCAUUCCGUAGGUGACACGAAGAUUCCGUUCUGUCUCCAGUCAUGCGUGAAACCGCUGGAGUACGCCAUCGCUGUGCAUGAGGUUGGCACUGAACAUGUGCACCGCUACGUGGGGAAAGAGCCGAGUGGACUCAAGUUUAACCAGCUGUCAUUGGAUGAGGAGGAUAAACCUCACAACCCAAUGGUGAAUGCCGGGGCCAUCGUAAUCAGUUCACUGCUCAAGCCUAACUCCAAGAAGGCAGAGAGGUUUGAUUAUGUGAUGGAAUACUUAAAGAAGAUUGCAGGCAAUGAGUAUGUGGGCUUCAGCAACGCUACUUUCCAAUCAGAAAAAGAGACUGGGGAUAGGAAUUUUGCAAUUGGUUACUACCUGAAGGAGAAAAAGUGCUUUCCUGAAAAUGCCGACAUGAUUGCUGCCCUCGACUUCUACUUUCAACUGUGCUCCAUCGAGGUGACAUGUGACUCUGGCAGUGUCAUGGCGGCCACACUGGCCAAUGGAGGCAUCUGUCCAAUCACAGGCGAGCGCGUGCUGAGUGCGGAGGCCGUACGGAACACCCUAAGCCUCAUGCACUCCUGUGGAAUGUAUGACUUCUCUGGCCAGUUCGCCUUCCACGUAGGAUUGCCUGCUAAGUCUGGUGUCUCUGGGGCAGUCCUGUUGGUGGUCCCCAACGUCAUGGGAGUCCUGUGUUGGUCUCCUCCGUUAGACCGUGUGGGAAAUAGUGUCCGAGGCAUUCACUUCUGUCAGGAGCUGGUUUCUCUCUUUAACUUCCAUAACUACGAUAACCUCAGGCACUUUGCCAAGAAGCUGGAUCCUCGCAGACAAUCUCUUGAUGAUAGAAACAAGUCAGUGGUGAACCUCAUGUUUGCAGCCUACAGUGGAGAUGUCUCUGCCCUGAGGAGGUUUGCUCUCUCUGCUAUGGACAUGGGGGAGAAAGACUACGAUUCUCGCACAGCCCUCCACGUGGCUUCGGCUGAAGGUCAUGUGGAAGCGGUUAUCUUCCUAACAGAGACGUGUAAAGUGAACCCCCAUGUAAAAGACAGGUGGGGCAACACCCCCCUGGACGACGCCAGCCAGUUUGGCCGCGACAGGGUGAUAUCGGUCUUGACAGAGUACCAGCGGAUGUACCCAAAACAGAGCGGUUUCCAGUCAGACUCAGAAGACCAGAGAAAGCUAGACACAGUGAAGUUGGGUUAAGCCCAACCGAAUGGAUGUGUCUAACUGUACUGUGUUUAAAACAUGAGGUAUUGACUGUUUUAUACCAGGAUGUUGGUAUUUGACCUAUACCAGGAUGUAUCACUCCCCUUCUAAUACAACUGGAUAGGUCAAAGUAAUGGCAGGAUGACACCUUUUUAGAUGGAUAACAACAUUUUGGGAUUAAAGGCAGCCAUUUUGUGCCAGGAGUGAUGAAGAGAUAUAAGUGAGUAUAGUUGAUAUAGUCACACGUCAGUGAUUAAGGUCAGGGGUCCUAAGCAUAUCGCACUCUGCUAUGAAGAUUGUGUUGUCCCAGGCUUACUGUCUUCAUCCCCAUUGUUGCACACAUAAUAGCUUCAGGAGUGGACAGAAUCAAUGUAGCAUCAUUUCUAUUUGAGAUGGCACCAACUUGAUUUGCUAGUUCGGGUGAACUUGGCAGUUAUGUAUUUAGAAGUACACACAAAUUCUGUCCAUAUUCACUGGGAUGUACACUACUGUUCAAAAGGUUGGGGUCACUUAGAAAUGUCCUUGUUUUCCAUGAAAACAUACAUGAAAUUAGU